AUGAGCCGCGCCGGGAGCUGGGACAUGGACGGGCUGCGGGCAGACGCCGGGCCCGCCGGGGCCGCCCCGGCCUCCUCGUCUUCCUCGGUGGCAGCGGCAGCGGCUCCGGGCCAGUGCCGUGGUUUCCUUUCCGCGCCAGUGUUCGCUGGGACACAUUCAGGGCGGGCGGCAGCGGCAGCGGCGGCGGCAGCAGCAGCGGCGGCGGCGGCCUCCAGCUUUGCAUACCCGGGAACAUCUGAGCGCACAGGCUCUGCCUCGUCCUCGUCGUCUUCGGCUGUGGUUACUGCGCGCCCAGAGGCUCCCCCAGCCAAAGAGUGCCCAGCGCCCGCGCCCGCCGCGGCCGCUGCAGCGCCACCGGGCGCUCCAGCGCUGGGCUACGGCUACCACUUCGGCAACGGCUACUAUAGCUGCCGAAUGUCGCACGGCGUGGGCUUACAGCAGAAUGCUCUCAAGUCGUCCCCGCAUGCCUCUCUGGGAGGCUUCCCAGUGGAGAAGUACAUGGACGUGUCAGGCCUGGCGAGCAGUAGUGUACCGACCAACGAGGUACCCACACGAGCCAAGGAGGUGUCCUUCUACCAGGGCUACACGAGCCCCUACCAACACGUGCCUGGGUAUAUCGACAUGGUGUCCACCUUCGGCUCUGGGGAGCCUCGGCACGAGGCAUACAUCUCCAUGGAGGGCUACCAGUCCUGGACGCUGGCCAACGGGUGGAACAGCCAGGUGUACUGCGCCAAGGACCAGCCACAGGGGUCUCACUUUUGGAAAUCAUCCUUUCCAGGGGAUGUGGCUUUAAAUCAACCGGACAUGUGUGUCUACCGACGGGGAAGGAAGAAAAGGGUGCCCUACACCAAACUGCAGCUCAAAGAACUGGAGAACGAGUAUGCCAUUAACAAGUUCAUUAACAAGGACAAGCGGCGGCGGAUUUCAGCUGCCACGAACCUGUCUGAGAGACAAGUGACCAUUUGGUUUCAGAAUCGAAGAGUGAAGGACAAGAAAAUUGUCUCCAAGCUCAAAGAUACUGUCUCCUGA